AUGAGAGCUGCCGAUGCUCUUCUUUGUCUUUGCUUAUUAUCCGUUGGAUUUACUGCUCCGACAUCUUUCCACAAUGAAAAGCUCGCAGUAAUUCACGACCAUUCCUCGCUACCUAUCCCGGCCAACGUCGAUGGCCGUCUUGAUCAUCACGAGCCCGCUGCCCUCGAAUUAAGAUCAGAAUCUCGAUGCAACAUCUAUGCUGACGCAAAUGAGCUGCUAGAUGAUGUUGAGCGAACGCCGAACCUUCGGGACACCUGCUUUCGUCAUCGUCUUACUGCCUUCGCCAAGACAGUCAUUCUCGUCACAGGCGAGAUCGGUCUCGCAUUCUUUGGCCUUGUGGCAUUUCUAGUGACCGUGACAUAUCUGUGGCCUGAUAGGCAAGUAUAUUGCUCGGUCUCCGAUAUUACCACAGCUAAUCGAGUCAGUAGGAUCAAGCGUGCCACCGCCUUAGAUUUACACACCGUUCACAGUAUGAUUCCUCGCUCAGAGAGCAGGGAUAAAACAAUUGAGAAGGCCAUUUGA